UAGUGCUGUCAGAGCAGCGGGAAAACCCAAAACAAAUUGUUGCGGAAUAACGGCGUCCCGUUGUCGGGGAGCAGGCCCAGAACAUUUCAGGAAUAUGAAGAAUCAUACAUUCUAGCGUCACCAUUGAAGUUUUUGAAGGAAAAAGUUGGUUUUUGAAGCCUGUAAUCAUGAAUGGUGGAGAAAGGUUUGUUCAGACGUUGAGGAAAGCAGGUUAUCCCAAAGCUCCGAAAUUAGACGGGGAAGACUUUGACUGGCUGUUUGAAACAACUGACGCAAAAACAUUUCUGGACUGGUUCUGUGUUAAUGUGACAGAGCAGAAUGUUUUAUCAGAGGAGAAACUGCAAGCGUUUAAUGAUUUAAAGGAGUCUGGUAAAGCCAUUUUGGAUGACAAAGCUUUGAACGAGGUAUUGAAGACCUGCAAAACGUCCCACUCCGCAGUUACCGCCAUGGAACAUGUGCCAAUGGAAAAACUGGAGCAAGAUAUCGAAGCUUUAAAGAAGCUCAGAAAUCUACACAUCCAUCGACGCAACAAGCUCCAGAUGAUGGCUUCUACUAAUAGUCACACGAUGUUGAAAUUCAAAUCUCUAGAAGAAGCCGAUGCGAAGAAGCUGAAAGAAACGCUAGCUGAUUUGAAGAUCGCAAAUAACAAGUUGAAUCAUGCGCUCGAUAACAUUGUGGAAGGCGUUCAAAAGCUGAUGUCCUUCUUUACGGUUUCUGAAGCAGGCUGUGAGCUACCUUCACCUGUUUUUGUAUCCCAAGUCCUUCUGGAGAAGUAUCUGUCCAGCGAAGCCCAGAGCACAGCGGCACUAACAUCCUUUACAAAGGAACAUUUUUUCGAAGGGUUGUCUAAAUUGAUUGAAGGCUCUGGUGAGAACUUUAUGCUCUUACAACUGGACAGCAAGACAGAUUGUAACGAGGAGGAACUUGAUAAUAAGUGCAAGGAGAUGAUGAAGCUCCAGUUGGCAUAUAUCUCUGCAAAACACAAGCUAAUCCAAGCAAGGGCCAAAAGAGCAAGUUUAAAGGCUGGCCUGCAAUGGGCCGAGGAUCAUGCACCCGCUGCUCAAAGCAAGGUCUCACGAGCAGACAUCCUAAAGACCAGAAUCUCAAGUUUAAAUGAUGAGGCAGCUCAAAUACAAACUAACAUCGAUGUUCUUAAGAGAGAGUCUCUUCCAGCCUUGGUGCGGGAAAAUGCCCAGCUAUUGAACAUGCCGAUCGUGAAGGGAGACUAUGACCUGCAGAUUGCCCGUCAGAAUCAUUAUACAAACAAGCAGGACCUGGUGUGCAGCCACUUAAUGAAACAAAAAGCUUCCUUUGAACUUCUUCAGCUAGGUUAUGAGUUGGAGCUGAGGAAACACCGUGAUGUUUACCGGCAGUUAAAGUCAAUAAUUGAAGAGCUAAGACAAGAUUCCAAUAAACUGGAGGAGAGAGUGAUGAUGAUGAUGGCGGACGCCUGUUUGUUGCCUUCUGAUAAACCGAAGAAUAACAUUGAUUCCAGGGACUCUGCUACACACAGGUUAUAUGAGCUUGUGGAUGGAGACCAGACUCAGAAGCUGUUCAGACACUUCAGCGGGUUGGAAUCCGUGGCUCGGAAACUAACCCAGGACAUCGUUACACUGAAAGACCAGCUGGCUGUCUCGGAGCAGGAACAGGCGCUGCUUCAGUCAAACCUUGAGGCCGAUCUAAAGAGCUUCCGUGAUAUUAUGUAUCCCGAAGGACAGGACCUCCAGCUAAAUACCCCAGAGGUGGCAAAUCACUUUCACAAGUUGGAUACUCAGUUGGAGAAAUUAAACCACAUCCUACUGGAAGUCCUUGAUGAUCUCCGAGCAAAGCGAAAGAUUUUGGAUUGCGAUAAACUUCACCAGAUUGAGAAACAGCUUUAUGUAUACUUUUUUCAAAACGAAGGUCAUUUAAGGCAAAUCGUAGAAAAUCUGGAAUCCCGGGCAGACAUCAGUCCAUCUGUAUAAAAAAAAAUAA